GACAUCAAGAAACCCCUGAAAAUCAAAUGGGUGGGCAGUGGCGAGGAGGGUCUGGACAUGGGGGGUGUGCAGAAAGAGUUCUUCCAGUCGGUGUUUGAGAAUAUAUUCAAUGUGGGUGUGGGGAUGUUUACCUACUGCGAGGAGACGCGGCUGUUCUGGUUCAAUGCGAACUCGCUGGAGAGCAGCAAAGAAUACGAAAUGGUUGGCCUUUUAUUGGGUCUGGCGAUAUACAACGGGGUGAUACUGGAUGUCAAGCUGCCGCUGGUUCUGUAUAAGAAGCUCAUGGGAAG